GCAAUAAGCGAUAAAAAAAGCACUCACACAGUCACACGCGUUGGACAUUAUUUGUGAGUUUCGUGUAAGAAGACUUUGAAAAAGGCACAUCAGAUCAGCAUAUUUAUUGAUUGUUUGGAUACCUCAGAACUCGGCCCUCACUGGGAGUGCAGUAGCGCGUAAAUGUUUCGUCAGGCGAAGGACACGCGUAGACGAAUGAAAUACCAAUAGGCGAUCGCAAAGCUGAGUGUGUGAAAAAAGCACAGGCUCGAGAGCACGCUUCUGCGUUUACGUCGCGGGAUAUGGCGACACGUCAGGAUGACCGCGGCGAUGAGAUUGGUGGGGGCAGUGAGCCUGCCUCCUAUCAUAUUUUACCGCACACGGAGGAAAUGGCGAAUUAUUUGGCCCAUCAACAACAACAGCAGCAGCAUCAGCAUCAAAACUUUCUGCUGCAUCAGCAACAUGGUCAAGCUCCCCCCGGACCCAUGAUGUGGACACAGCCACCUCCGCACUUGGGUGGCCCGUAUCCACCGCAUCUCCAGCAGCAACAGCCGCAGCCGCAGCCACCACCGCAGCCUCCACAUGUGUAUAAUGAAUAUCUGUAUAACCUGGCGUAUUCGGGGCAGCCUGGACAGCCCGAGACUUACUCGGUCCUGCCCGUCGGGCAUGGGAACUUUCUCAAAGUGUAUCACUGUCCCGAGAAUCCCGUCAACGAUGGUACCGCUCCCCACUUCACGCAUAUCAACAUGGCAUCACUGAACCACCAGCAUCCACAUCACCAAGGCCCACCACCGACACCCCCCCAGCCAACGCCUCUUUAUGAACUAUUCGCCGCCGGUCCCUUGCUGCCGAAGCCCGAGAUGAAUAUUAUCGGAGCUGCGGCAACCCAGCCUCAACCAUCACAGCUCCAGCCUCAGCCUCAGCCUACCCAUACUAAUCCACAACCACCUCCGCCCCCUCCUCCGCAAGUCCUCCAUCCUCCAAGUAGUGCAAAUCUGCUCAUCAAUAACCUGGUGAACAACUGGUCGCCCAAUCUGACAGGAGGAAGCUACAUACAAUUCGGGGACGAGAUUAAUGAAAACGCCGCCAGCCAGAUGGACCAGCCGCAGCCGCCUGCACACCAUCAGCAGCAAUCGCAGGCCACGCAGCAGCAGCCCCAGCAGCAGCCUAAGCAUCAGCCGCAGAAGGAACAAUUGAGCAAACCCGUAAGCCCUCUGCCGACGAACGAAAAGACCGCCAAGUCGUUGAAAGUACUGCCUCUGGCCACUGAAAGCAUCUCACCAACUGGCAGCAUCAACAAGUCAACUAUUGUGGUGUCUGGUCAGCCCGAUGGCAAGAAGCGCAUAGUUGCCGAGGUUAAGCCCAUGCCGAUGUCAUACUCGGAUGUCCUCAGCAAGGGUACACAGUCGAGCGGCGCAAGCGGCGAGACGCGUGCAGCUAACGGAUUGGACUAUGGAAGUCAACAGCAGCAGCAGCAGCUGCGACGUCAGGGUAAAGAGGAGGGCGUCGGAGGUCGGGAGUUGCGUACGGCGAAACGUUCUCCACUGCAUGAUGCAAAGGAUACGCCGCUUGUGCUGGCCUCGAAUGCUGGCCAUGCGCAUGGCAACCGUGGAAAGAAGCGUGGACAGUCAAAUCACGCGGGGCAGCUAAAGCAACAGCAGCAGCCACAGAUUCAGCCACAGACACAGCCACAGCAGGCUGCAACGCUGCAGCCCGCUCAGAUCAAAUCGAAUAAAGCCACCAACCAGCAGGAGAAGAAGCGGCCUUUGCAGCCGAGGAGCAACGUUAGGGCUAAUGAGCAAAGGACAACCGCCUCAUCGAUUCCCGCCAGCAACGACAAUGGCAACGGCAGCGCCCAGAACCACACAAACAACAGCAAUUCAACAACAAAUCCUGCCAUCAAUCCAGGCCUUUCGUCCCGCAAGCCGAGCAGCAAUAGCAGCAAAGGCAACGCCAAUGCAAAUCAGUCGAACUCCACUGCCUCAACAACACCAAAUUCUGGCAGCAGCAGCAGCAACAGCAACAACAACACAAACAACAACAAUAUUGGUUCCUCUUCGUCCAAACGAUAUUCCUCCUCGAAUACGAAUCUGAACUCAAAUAACAGCGCUGGCUAUUCGUACUCCUCGAAGCGGAAUCGAAGCAACGCCGCCUACUCCUCCUCCAACUCGCCCUCCCAUGCCAGCAGCUUGUCCAGCAACAGGAACUAUGAGCUGGCCAAGCGAAUUCUACACACUUGGUGGAUUUACACUCUGAAAUUGCUCACCUGGCUGUUCUACCUGGUCUACGACAUUGUUGUGCUGGGCUUCAGCAUGGCCUAUGAUCGGUUGGCAGUGGCUUAUGUGGCCGGUCUGGCCUAUGCGCGGCAGCUGCACAAGGAGCUAAAGCAGAAUUCCGGCAAGCCGAGCAUCUGGUGGCGCAACUACUGGCGACGUUUCGAUGCCCGUUUCGCCAAAACUUCGCGUUGGGCCUUUUGGAGGCGAUUCUACAAACGAAAACCACCUGAACCCACCUCCGAAUCGUUCAAGACGGGGCGCCUGCCACAGACAGGCGAGGAAGCGAUGUACUCGCUGCUUAAUUGUAAAGGAAAAGAUGCAUACAGCAUAUUGGGAGUGCCGCCAGACAGCUCACAGGAGCAGAUCCGUAAGCAUUACAAGAAAAUUGCCGUGCUGGUGCAUCCGGAUAAAAACAAACAGGCUGGCGCGGAGGAGGCCUUCAAGGUGCUGCAGCGAGCAUUUGAAUUGAUCGGGGAACCGGAGAACCGCCUUCUCUAUGACCAAAGCAUCGCAGAAACUCUGCACGCCGAGAAGGCCUGGACGGAGCUGCAUGAUCUGCUGUCCCAACUGCAAACUAAAAUGGCUGAGGCAGCCAACACUAUAAGAUGCAGCACCUGUGCCCAGCGCCACCCUCGCAAACUAACCGAACGUCCUCACUAUGCGGCUCGCGAAUGUGCCUCCUGUAAGAUACGUCACUCUGCCAAGGAUGGGGAUAUCUGGGCCGAGACAAGCAUGAUGGGUCUGCGAUGGAAAUAUUUGGCUCUGAUGGAUGGCAAGGUGUACGACAUAACAGAGUGGGCCAAUUGCCAAAAGGGUGCCCUGUCCCACUUGGAGCCCAAUUCGCAUAUGGUUCAGUAUCGCAUAGUUCGCGGGGCCCAGCAGCAGCCGCCAUCGCAACAGCCGCAACCACACCACCACCCUCAGCAGCAGCAACAGCACCCACACUCGCACCCGCACCACGAUCGUGGUGCGCACCAUCCCGGCGUUGGUGUCAGCGGCGUUAGCGAGGCCACGCUGCACGAGUUCUUGGACAAUUUGUACAGCGGCCAGCAUCCGGGUGCGCACAAUGCCUUUGCGGGCAACGCACGCCGUCGGGCGCGUCGUAACUGAGUCCAAAAUCUCCAAUCCACAAUUAUAAUCCAUGCCCACGCGUGUACAUCGUCGGCUGCGUGGUUUUUUACUCACCUGUACACCUAUGCGCCAGCUGCAACAUCAGAAGCAGAAGCACCAGAAGGCGCAGCAGUGGCCGAGCAAGUACUCAUCUUCUUCCCUUCUCGUCCCACGAUGGCUGGCAACACAGUGGCAACACCCAUCCCAUCAACAGUUGAACAGCCAUAUUAAACACUUCUCUGUAUAGUUUACAUUCAAAAGAUGAUCCUGAAAAUGUUUUACUUGUCACGUAGAAUCGUACAAUUGCCUACCACUUAGAUAACGUCUAUGUUUUAGCCUCUAAUUCUACAUCUACUUCUACUUGUACUUGUACUUCUAAUUCUUCCUAUCAUUUAUGGACAGCUUAACACACGACUAGCUCGUAGCCAACAAGUUUAGCUCUAAGUUCUAACUAUAUUAGCGCACCUCCCCCUCCCCCCACGGUGGCCGCCCAUACGUUUCUGCAGCGUACAGCGAGGAGGUGGGAGGUGGGAGGCACACAUGUAAAAUCUAACGCAUCCAAAUUAAACAUAAAUGUUAAUAAAACUGUA